AUGACUGUCCGAGGAGAGCCUUUCGGCCCCAAGCAAACUCGUCGCGCCCUAUCCGUUGACCUCACGCCCCCCGCUGCUCUAAAGCUCAUGUCCAAUAGCGAACGGGGCAAAUACUAUCGACGUCGACGGAGUCGCUAUAGUAAACACCUCGAAAGCCGCGUGGCUGAACUCCGCAAUGAGAUUGCGGCACUGACCGUCUCUCGUCAAGUGCAGCAGGAACUGGCCCUUUCACAGAGACGGACGCCACUUGGGGCUGCAGCUCUUAUCGUGAAUGAGUAUUGCCUACUCUUCACCCAUGGAACCCCAGUUCGACUGGCCGUGGACGAGAAGGACGCCUCCGCGUCCCUCGUGGCACAAGCUACUAGUACACAACGAGGCUUUCUACAGGCGGUCGUAAUUGACCGCUUACGCUUUGGCGACUUUGUGGGCUUGGAUCUCGUGCUGGCCCAGUGGGAGCGCUACUCGCUGUACCAUUCGGCUAUUGACUGGACAAUGGAGUCUCUCGACGUGAUCCAGCCGGUUAGGUCACGAGGUCUGAUUACAACCGCUGAGGACGAUGACGAUGACGAUGAUGAUGGACCACUUGUAGUCACGAUCACUGCCACCUUAAGGGUACAAUUCUCGCAACGCACUAUCGAGAAGGUGUUCCCGCAUUUGAUGGGAGACCAAGCGCUGAUGCGGUUACUCAUUGGCUUAGUGGUGAAGUACCCGUGCAUCAACCACUUCCACUUUGAUCGGAAUGGCGCGAUCGAGUGGUAUGCCCCCGAAGUGAAUUACGUUGCAGGGUUAAUGAAUGCGUUAAAGUGCCCUGAACUAGUGGCGCGUAUCAUGGGCAACGCACUGAUUGAACAAGAACACAUGAUUGGUGACGAUAGCGACGGGCGCCGGUUUGCUGCUCUGGCAAUGGAGGACAGGGCUUUAUCGGCCGUAAGUGAAGUAGCAGCUAGCAGCUCUUUGCCGGGCACGAUGCAGCAAAGUCAGAGCGAGGCACAGCCGAGUGCUGGUCGUGGAAGGGAGGCGGACCCGAUUGAGGAACCCGCAUUCCUUAAUCGCUCGCCUCGAAAUCGACUCGAACUGUCUUACAUUCUAGCAGCUGAGUAG